AUGGUGUGUCUAGCUUUCAGCAAAAAGACAGACGACAGUGCUUUUAUUGAUGGUUGCUUUGAUGAAAAGCACAUGUACCAGAGAAUUGAAGAGCACGAAAGAAGCAACCUCCACAAUAAUAGCUCUGAAUCCUUUUUGAUGAGGUCAAAGAAUAUGGACAUAUCUAGUCAUUUCUUUGAGAAACAAACAACAGCCAGAAAAGAGGAAGUGAAGAGAAAACAUAUAAUUGAAACCAUAAAGCUGAUUGGAAAAAGAGGCCUAAGCUAUCGGGCAACAGCUGAAGCAGCAUAUACGUUAGAUAAUGAAAAGUUGGACCAUGGAAACUUCCUUGAGAUUUUGCUACUCUUAAGCAAUUUUGAUCCCUUGCUGAAAAAUCACCUUGAUACAGUUAUUAAAAAAAGUAAAAAGCAGCAUCUAAGUGCAACAAGUAGCAAAGGACGUGGUGGCUUUGUUACAUUCAUUUCAAAAACUACAGUCAACAAUAUCAUCUGUGUAAUUUCAGCACUUUUGAAAAAAGGUAUUGCCCAAAAGAUCAGAGAUGCCGGCAUGUUCUCAAUACAGCUCGAUACAACACAGGAUAUAAACGUCUCAGACCAGUGUUCAAUAAUAAUUCGGUAUGUCACAGAUGUGGUCCAUGAACGUCUGGUUGCUGUGGUAAAUUGCACAUCCGCGACAGGGAAGGCUUUGUGUGAACUGGUUUGCAAUGUAUUGGAAUCCAUGGAAAUUGAGGUUACGAACUGUGUUGGGAACUCAACAGAUGGAGCUUCUAAUAUGCAGGGUCAGUACAACGGAUUCAGCACAUGGCUGAAUAAUAAAGCACCUGGCCAGAUUCAUGUGUGGUGCUAUACAUUUAUACUCAAUUUGGUGAUGAUGGAUGUCACAAAGAUAUCUGUUCAGGCAAUAUUGUUGUUCGGCUUGUUAAACUCUGUGCUGUAUUUAUCCGUGAAUCCUACCUUCGGAUGA